GAGGAUUACACGAUUCAGAGCUCUACACGGUCUAAACUGCAGACUAAACUUUUCCUGUAUGAUUUUCUGGGAACAGAACUAAAUCCAGCCUCUUUUUGAACUCUUUUGUUUGGGGUCUGAUGGUUCGGCUCUCAACCUCAAGCCCUCCCGGAGCGGUGUGUUUAAAAGCUCUGGUCAAAGCCAACUUGUCUUUAUGAACACUGCCAGCACCGAGUCUGACUGGAUAUUUUGCCUCUGGCAGUACUCUUGUGGCACCAGGCCUUUUUAGAGCUGUUACGUCAACUCUUUGAAGCUACAUUACAGCUAUUAAGCUUUUAGUUGAACGGCUACCAUUACCAGGGGUUUUAAGGGGACUAUCCUCUUUCUGUACCUGUGCCAACACCAGAAUUGUGCUUGGAACUCCACUGAUAGCACUUUCUUUCUGGUUUACCAGCUUGUAUCAGUCAUCGCUUCAGUGCUAGAACAGCGAGCUGAAUUGUUCCUGGACUUUGUGUCUAUACUAGAAAACAGUACCAAACUCUCUUUAGUGUCACUCUGGACCCUCUGCUGUUUUCAGUCUCUCUCUGGACAUUAGACUUUCAUACUCCCUUCCUCUCUGCGUUUUCUACCAGUCUGAAAAUAUUUAUGGACGCUCUCUUGGUACUGGGAAUAGUUCAGAUUGUGUGCUUGGCUUUGGGGUGAGCAGUAUGGUGGCGGGGCAGGGACCCUUCAGCCUGCUGGUACAGCGGUUUAACUCUGGAUGCUCAGUGGCAAACAGCAGCAUGGGAAAAGAGGUUAAGGAGCCCAGCACCAAGCGCAGUAAGCCUGUAUCCCGGGUAGCAUCUCUGGCCAGCCUGCUGCCCCCCGUCAAGACAACGCCGCUGAAGAGGAUUGGCCAGACACUGCAGCGUACCAUCAGUCUUCGUAAUGAGGCAGAGAGAGCUGCUCCUCCUCCUCCUUCCUCCUCGACAAAGACACGUGUUAUCUCAGCGACACUCUCAAACCCUUCGUCCUCCAUGACUGCCCCGAGGGUUUCAACCGCAGCUGCUCCGGCCUCCAAGCGUCGGGACAGCAAGCUGUGGAGCGAGACAUUUGACGUCCGACUGGGAGCGGCACAACCUCUGAGCCCCAAAGAGAUAAAACGACAAGAGGCUAUAUUUGAGCUGGCUCAGGGCGAGCAGGAUUUGGUGGAGGAUCUGAAGUUGGCCAAGAAGGCCUACCACGACCCAAUGCUCAAGCUAUCCAUCAUGACCGAGCAAGAACUGAACCAGAUCUUUGGUACUCUGGAAUCACUUAUACCUCUGCAUGAAGAUUUGCUGAGUCGCCUCCGAGAUGCCAGAAAACCUGACGGGUCCACAGAUCAUGUAGGACAUAUUUUAACUGACUGGCUGCCCUGCCUCUCUGCCUACACGCCGUACUGCAGUAACCAGGUCAAAGCCAAGGCUUUGUUGGACCAGAAGAAGCAAGAUCGGCGAGUCCAGGACUUCUUGCAGCGUUGUCUCCAGUCACCUUUUAGCAGGAAGCUGGACCUAUGGAACUUCCUGGACAUCCCCCGCAGCCGGCUGGUGAAAUACCCACUGCUGCUCAGAGAGAUCCUCAAGCACACAGCCAACGACCACCCAGAUCGACAGCACCUGGACGAAGCGAUGCUGAUGGUUCAAAGCGUGGUAGCGGACAUCAACAGGCAGACAGGAGAGUCGGAGUGUCAAUAUUACAAGGAUCGUCUGGUGUACACAGAGGACGGACAAAGGGACGAACUCAUCGACCGCUCCAAGACCCUCAGUUGCCAUGGAGAGCUGAAGAACAACAGAGGACUCAAGCUCCACGUGUUCCUUUUCCAGGACGUCCUGGUCAUCACCAGAUCCAUGUCGUCAAACGACCAGCCAGUCGGCUAUCAGCUCUGCCGCCAGCCAAUCCCCAUUCGUCAGCUGGACCUGGAAGACCUAUCAGAUGGCGAGAUAAGAGUGGGCGGAUCCAUCAGAGGGGCCUUCAGCAACAAUGAACGAACAAAGAACUUCUUCCGGGUUUCAUACCGUACUGGAGGCCAACUGCAGAGCCACUGCUUUCAGGCUAGUGACGCCUUCAACAAACAACAGUGGAUCAACUGCAUUAGACAAGCCAAAGAAGCUGCAGCACUGACUAGAGACCAGCUGCCACAGACGGGACAUUGUCCAGAGACGGGGGUCAAUGAACAACCAGGGCCACCUGUUGAAACAGUGGGGCUGUGGGGUGUGAAAGGACAGGGCUUGGAGGGAGAGGCAGGUCUGCAUGGACAGCAAGAGCUUGGACUGAGGGAUGGAGAUGGGCUGGGUUUAACUCAAGAGACAAUGACGGGGAAGGAGAUGGAGGCAGAUUUGGGUUUGCAUGGUAAGUCAGAGAUGGACGGAGCACUACAGCUUGUGAUCAGUGAAGCAAAGACAGGUGUGGAGAUGGAGGGAAAUCGGGGUGUUGGUGUGGAGAUGGGAGCUGAACCAGGAGCCACUGUAGACUUUAAGGUGGAUGAAGCGGGACAGACUCUCACCAGAUGUGAAGAUGCAGUUUCCAUUUCCCUCCUCUCCUCUUCAAUUCCCAAACAAGUGGAGGAUGAAGUGAUGGAGGAGGAGUGGAGCAGUGCUGCAGAAGAAAGAGAGGAUGGUAUGGACACUGGCGAGAUGGACUCACUGCAGUGCCACAGGUGCUGAUAGGACAGCAUGAAUCAGGACUGGAACUAAACUCAACCAACUUUGGUAUUUAGUAAUGAUGUAACUAACAAAAAGCCAAAUGAAACGUAUAUGAACAAACUUCUUGGGAGAAGUCACGAGACCAACCGGUGCUCACUGCUCACAGACAUACUGCUCAGAAUUAAGCUGAAGGUGGUAAAUGCUGUGAUAUGUAUGUAAGAUGUUAAGUCCAGGAGAUAUGGUGAAGUAACAAAAAUGUGCUCCAGGUGAAAUAAAGACUCAGAAAAGGCCAAAUUCAAACAACAUUAGAUCAAAAACAUUAAAUAAAGAAGACAACUGACCACUGUAUCUGAUGAGAACAGAGAUAAGAUGACAGCAAACAUUACACAUUUAGAAAUAAGUAUAUCUCAAGGAGAUGAGUCAGGAGGAUACACACUUAUUCUCCACAUCGGAGUAAACAGUCACUCCCUAGCAAUGUAAAAACAUUGUUAGGCAGGCAGUGAGACACUCCUCUCCCUUAGGUUAAAUACUCCCAGGACAGUCUCACUGCUGCACCCACUCUGGUUGACCAACGGAUGCAAAAAUAAAAGUCCCUAUAAAAACCUUGGUGAAUUUAGAGUUUUGACUGUUUAAGGAGAAUUGAAAAAGUGAAAUAGAGGAAAUGAUGUUAGCAGUUGCUAAAUGGUGUGUGCAAAGGUUGGUCAUAAGACUGAGGAUUGGAAGUAAUCGUCUCCUGUGCUGCUAUCUGCUGUGUUCUAACUGCAGUUAGCCAUGGAUGUUGUUAAGAGGACUGGAUACCACACCCUGUGGAAGUUGCUCACCAGGCACACACUGCUGAAAGACUGCUCAAAGGCCCUCCCUCACAGGUUUCCUUUCCAGCUCCCCCCUGGCUCCAUCAUAGCUAACAUUAACUCACAUUUUGUACUGGACCCGCCUUUGAAGAAAUAAAUCCUGUUCCAACCACCCCUUACCAGCAGCAGAGCUCAACAGUCUUUAUAGUGGUGACCAGGCUGAGAACACUACUUUCACCGAAUGAUAACAAAACGUAUGUCUCCAUUUACUGUAGAAAUCAUCAGUUAUUUGGUUACUCUUAUGUUUGGGGUUAUGAACACAGAAGUAUGGGGGUUGCUCCUGGACAGGCUUCUCCUGGACAGGCUUCUCCUGGACAGGCUACUGCUCACCUCACUGGUCCUGUGAGGUGAGCAGUAGUGGAAAACAGAAAACUGGGAAAUGUGAAAACACAUUUUUGCUCAUUGGUAUAUUUUACAUACCAAUUCUGUUGUAUAGAUUGGUGGAGACACAGACUGUAUGUAAAACGUGGAUUCUUCUGGUUGGAAAAAUAAGUCUGCAGAAAGCCAUAAUUUCAGUCUCCAAAACUAAAGAAGAGAUGUGUUGGAUGGUUUGUACCAAACAGGAAAUUACAGUAUUCUUAGAUAAUUCCUUUAAAAGCAAAGCAACAAAUCCCCUACUUUGAGCCCAAAAGCCCCCCCCCCCCCCCCC